AAUUGACGCAGGUGUGUAUGUCGCGGUUAAAAAAUGUCACCUGUCUGAAAUGAUUUACCCUUUAAGUGAUGCCAGGAAUGACUGAAUCGGCAGAAAUAAGCGUUCUCAGCAGAUCCGUGCAAACGGAGAGCGUCAUGGCGGCCAUGAAAGAGGAAAGGUCUCUAGUAGAAGCUUUUGGAAAUAAUUUCGAAAUUUCUCAGGAUGUUAAACUGGCAGAAUCUGCAGCCCCAGAGGAGAAGGAGACUUUGGAGAAGCCGGAUCAAGAAUACAGACCACAGGAGAAAGAGAAGGAAGGUCCUCCAGACGGACAGGAAGACACUCAGCUAGAUAGACAGACGGUCGAUCCACCUGCAGCUGAAUCCUCCAGUACAGAGCCAAAGUGGGUGGUUGGCGCUCCGUGUCAGGCAGUGUGGUCGAAGGACGGGGUGGUGUAUUCGGCGACGGUGGUGUCUCUGGAUGGAGAUCGCUGCAGAGUCCGUUUCAACAACUACGGCAACCAUGAGGACAUGGCUCUGAGCGAGCUCACAGCGCUCGACGAUGCUCCACAAACACAGAUACAGAAUUGUCUGAAACCUCCAUUGGAUGAAGAAGACCAUGGGAUGCAGCCGAAAGCUAUGGACUGGAAACCUGGUUCUCGAUGUCGGGCCGUGUACUCGGAGGAUAAUCUGGUUUACCCGGCUGUGGUCCUGUGGGUCAAAGAUGGGCGCUGCUGUGUUCGCUUCGAUGGCUAUGAGAACGAGGAGGAACAGGACGUGAGCGCCCUGCUGAGCCGCCGCGAGCUGCACGGACCGAGCAUAGCCGCUACAGCCAAGGCAACAACUGGAAGCAGAGUGACAGCAGCAGCAGAAGCAGCCAAAAACAACAUGGACUGGAAGAGGAGGAGAAGAGAGGAGAACCAGGGGCAGAAUGCAAGGGGAGAAACGAGGUCAGCAGUGAAAGGGGAUGAGCAGCAGAACUUCUCCUGGCUGAAAGACAAAUCCAGAAAUACUCAGAGUAAAGUGGAGAAAGAGGCAGAGGAGAAGCAGAAAGACGAUAGUCAGAAACCGCCCAACAACAUCUUCUCUUUCUUCCCUCCGUUUGCUCCUCCAACACCUCGCUCCAUGGACUCGGUGUCCUUCAUCCCUCCUUCUCCUCCUCUCUGGACGUUUGGGAGCUCCGCGGACGCUGACCCCUCCUCUAGCAUGUUGAUGCUGUGGUACAUGUGUGGCUUCCACACCGGCAGCUACAUGGCUCAGCAGGUGUUCAACUCCAAAGACUGAGGUAAAAACACACAGAAACGGAGAGCAUUAUGGGACGAGAGGCGGCCGGGACAAUGCCGUUUAUUUUGUUUUCAUUGAAGGUACACUUGUACAUUUGUUCUGUAUUUUGUAAAGAUCAUUUUAUUUGUUGUUAGUUUAUAUGUUUUAAUGCUGGAGUGCUUUGAUGGUACAGCGUGCAGAAGCAGUUUGUGUUCGGAGAGUUUAAAAGACGUUUGGAUGUUUCUGUUUGAGUAAAUCUCUAAAGACCUGUUGAAGAAUGAAAUGCACUUAUUUGGAGGAAGAAGUAUUUUGUUAUUAAAAACAGAAGUGAGUAACUGCAUUAUCUCUUUAU